ACCUUUUCUAUGGCUCCAAAGAUCCAUCUACUUGCUCUGUGUGGUACGGAUAUCAAGCUGUCGAGACCUGACGCCGACGGCUGGUUCAUAUCAGACUUUUACCUCUUCCAUCACCUUUUUGCCAACACAAAAGACUUUGAGGACAAAUGGUUGACAUCAUGUGCUCCCCAUGAUCUCCUACAACGACACGAAGUAUUUCUCCAUGGAAAUCCGUGGCAGGAUAGACGGGUUGUGCUUAGCAAAGACCAUCCACUCCCAACAAACAUCACAGUGGUCGAACACUCAUCGCUCAAGAAAGCCUUUCUGAGCGAAGUUGAGAAGACGUUUGCCAUUGUCCACCAGAAUAAGGCAAAAGUGAUGCUUGUGUUCGUUGGUCACGGUGUUGACAGUGGAGCAUUUGUCAUUGGCGACGAAGAAAACGUGAAAGCCAAGAUCGAACCUGAGGAGGUGGAGAAGAUCCUUGCGAAGUUCCCUGGCUUGACUGUCAAUGUCCUGCUCACGUCAUGCUACUCAGGGGCAUGGUGCUCGCCGGCAAUGACCGUGCUUGCAGCUGCUGGCGCACAAACAAAGUCAAUCUCGUGGGGCGAGAAAGUAGGCAGUAUCUCUGAGAGAAGGUGCGGUGGCAUCUACGCCUCUGCUGUCACUGAGCAGCUCCUCAAGGAAGAGGAUGUUGUCGAAAAGGCGAAGGACAAGUCUUUCUUGGAUCUUGUAAGAGGAAUCAAAAUCAAACUUGCCUGGCUCGAUCGAUUCCACGAUGAACACGGAAUCACCUUUUCUGCUCAAGAGAACCAGAUCCUGGAGCCAUGGAGAAAACUGAUCAAUCUACCCUUGAGUGAGUUCACGUCUCGCUUUCAUGCCCUGCCGAUACAUCCUGCGCCGGAUCCACCCAAGUACGAAUUAUCCGACCGUAGCUAUCAUUCGGAGGAUUACUUGGAGGAGCUUGAUGCUUUCGUCAGCCAUGUAAACUUAAGCAGAGACCAUGUUGUCUCUCUCCGUGGCGGUGCAUCAGGACAUGCUGGCCAAUUGAGCCCCUCGUCCAUUACAGAUGAUGACUUCUUUUCACACAUGGCAAGUCCGUACAGGAUCUUGACUGCGUCAGCAAGGAUCCGUGCAGGCCCUUCGAUGUCUGCUGUACGCAGGCAAGUCCGAAGUGCGGCGAAAGAAUAUCUUACCUCGGGACCUGGACCUGACAAUCUGAGUCCCAACACCAGUCUGCACACUGCAGUUCGAAAGGUCCUCAGCGAGAAAACUAUGGAGGACGACGAGUUGGAAGCGGUGUUCGACAAGCUUCUCUAUCGACUAGAGCUCAAUCAAAAAGCAGAGAAUCUUCUCAAGGCUCUAAAAAUCGACCCAGUCUGCAGUUUUGACGAUUUCGAUGACAAUAACAUUGGUCAAGGGCUUGAGUCGUUUAAGUCUGAGCAGAAGCAAGAAAGACAAGAGUAAAGG